GCGUCACUUCCGGGGGCGCGCGGCGGGCGGGCGGCGCCAUGGCCAUCUUCAGCGUGUACGUGGUGAACAAGGCGGGCGGCCUCAUCUACCAGCUGGACCACUACGCGCCGCGCGCCGACACCGAGAAGACCUUCAGCUACCCGCUGGACCUCGUGCUGCGCGUGCACGACGAGCGGGUCGUCGUCGCCUUCGGACAGCGCGACGGCAUCCGCGUGGGCCACGCCGUGCUGGCCAUCAACGGUGCCGAGGUCAACGGGCGCUUCACAGCGGACGGGAAGGACAUCUUGGAGUUCCUGGGCAACCCUGCCAACUACCCGGUGUCCAUUCGCUUCGGCCGCCACCGGCUCUCCUCCAACGAGAAGCUCAUGCUGGCCUCCAUGUUCCACUCGCUCUUUGCCAUCGGGUCACAGCUGUCCCCAGAGCUGGGUAGCUCCGGGAUUGAGAUGCUGGAGACUGACACCUUCAAGCUGCACUGCUUCCAGACCCUGACAGGGAUCAAGUUUGUGGUACUCGCUGAUCCAAGACAAUCCGGGAUAGACUCCCUCUUGCGCAAAAUCUAUGAGAUUUAUUCUGACUUUGCUCUGAAGAAUCCUUUCUACUCGCUGGAAAUGCCAAUCAGAUGUGAAUUGUUUGAUCAGAACUUGAAACUUGCUUUGGAGGUAGCAGAAAAAGCUGGACCGUUUGGGCCUGGAUCAUAGAAAAACGUUUGCCUGCUUCACAAACUCCUUUCCCUAAAGAGCAGAGCAUCUCUCUUCCUCACUUGGUCUCUCCCAGAACUCUGUCCUGCACAGAAGAAACUGCAUCUUCCCAAAACAUGCUUCGUGCAUUUUUCGUGUGAUGUUUACCUUAAACAGACUUGUUGCCACUGUUUACCUUGGGCCACAGAAGCUUACUUUGUUACUGCAGCUCUGCUGUUCCUGAAUGAAGAAAGAGAAGACGCAGUUCUGCAGCCCUACUGUAGUUUGUGUUUUACAGUUGUACAUAUGUAUUUUUCCUGUAUAGCUCUAACUUACGGUUUUGUGAAGGUUCUUUAUGUAGAAAUGAUAAAGAUUCCUUAAAGAGG